GUCCGACCCGAAAGAUGCCACCCGGUGCCAGCGCCAUGGACUUCUUCCAGCUCUUUGUGCCUGACAAUGUCCUCGGGGCCAUGGUGGUGCAGACAAACAUGUAUGCCAAGAAGUUCCAGGAGCGCUUCGGCAGUGAUGGCACCUGGGCGGAGGUGACGCUGGCGGAGAUGAAGGCCUUCCUGGGCUACAUGAUCUCCACCAGCAUCUCGCACUGCGAGUCGGUCCUCAGCAUCUGGAGUGGCGGCUUCUAUGGCAACAGCAGCCUGGCGCUUGUCAUGAGUCAGGCCCGCUUCGAGAAGAUCCUCAAGUACUUCCACGUCGUGGCCUUCCGUUCCAGCCAGACCACCCACGGCCUCUACAAGGUUCAGCCCUUCCUCGACUCCCUGCAGAAUGGCUUCGACGCCGCCUUCAGGCCGUCCCAAACCCAGGUGCUACAUGAACCCUUGAUAGACGAGGACCCCGUGUUCAUUGCCACGUGCACGGAGCGGGAGCUGCGGAAGAGGAAGAAGCGGAAGUUCAGCCUCUGGGUCAGGCAGUGCUCUUCCACUGGUUUCAUCAUCCAGAUUUACGUCCACCUGAAGGAAGGCGGCGGCCCCGACGCACUGGACGCGCUGAAGAACAAACCCCAGCUGCACAGCGCGGUGGCCAGGAGCCUGUGCCGGAACGCGGCCGGCAAGAACUACAUCAUGUUCACGGGGCCCAGCAUCACCAGCCUGACCCUGUUUGAAGAGUUCGAAAAGCAAGGGAUUUUCUGCUGCGGCCUGCUCAGCCCCAGGAAGAGUGACUGCACGGGUCUGCCGCUGUCCAUGCUGACCAACCCAGCCAUGCCGCCAGCCCGGGGCCAGCACCGGAUCCGGACCAAGGGGAACAUGUCUCUGAUCUGCUGGUACAACAAAGGCCACUUCCGCUUCUUGACCAAUGCCUACUCGCCCGUGCAGCAAGGAGUGAUCAUCAAGAGGAAAGGCGUAGAGAUCCCCUGCCCCUUGGCCGUGGAGGCGUUUGCUGCGCACCUGAGCUACAUCUGCAGAUACGACGACAAGUACAGCAAGUACUUCAUUUCUCAUAAACCAAACAAGACCUGGCAACAGGUGUUCUGGUUCUCCGUCAGCAUUGCUGUCAACAACGCCUACAUCCUGUACAAGAUGUCAGACGCCUACCAUGUGAGGAGGUACAGCCGGGCACAGUUUGGCGAGAGACUGGUGAGGGAGCUGCUGGGCCUGGAGGACGCCUCCCCCACCCACUGAUGCCAGGCCGGGGCCCAGGCUUAGGUAAGGAGCAGGUGCCGGGAGGGAGAGGAGGGAGAAGCCGCCAUCCUGACCUGCCCAGCCAGAGCCCCGGAGACCCUGCUGUGGCCGCAGCCUGGGAGGGACACUCGAGGCCUCUGCAGGGACCAGAUGGACCUGGUCCGAGGAGGGCUGCUGUCCCGGUUUCUAUUCAAAGAAGAGCACGUCCCCCUGUGGGAAGGACCACCCACCUCGUGGUGACACUCUGCAAGGACAGGGUGCCACACCCAGACUACAUGCCACCAGUGCUGCUGUCAGUCCUGUUCGGGUCAGCAGGGUGCUCCGUCCUCACUGCCCCCGUGGAGCGAGCAGGAGAGCUCAGCUCAGCACCAGGACCUGGCAAGGCUGCCGCCACCGAAGGUGCCAGGGAUAGGACGAGCCGUAGCAUGUUCUGCUAGAAAUGCCUGCUUUGUGAAGACGUAAGGACAUUUGUGGCAUGGUUCACUUUCGUGCCGUGUCUGCAGGUGACCAGAAGCCAGUAAAGAUUGGCUCUGUACCAUUAUGAUUGUGUAGGAGACCAGAGCGUUUUCCAGAAUUUGCCUCGUGCAAGCAGCUUAGAACAGGUCCCAGGGAAGAAGCAACAUGAUUGGGUGCCAUUAAGCGCAGUGCUGAGUGGGGAAGUGGUUGCCCGUUCUGACCAAUGAACGAGGCAUUCCUGCCCACAGCAUCUGUUUGGCUGGCAGGCAGGGAAGAAAGGGGGAUUGCCAGAGGAGUUGCAGUGAAGUAUGAUGCUAUUUUUUAUUUUUAAAUAUAUCUUCAGGUUAUUUUCUUACUGUUGCUUAAGAUCUUCUGUUAAAGGAAAACGUGUCCCUUCCCUUCUGCCCCGGCCCUCCUGCUCACCCCAGUUGUGGCUCCUUGCAUGAUCACGGUUCCGUGUUCUGUGCCUGUGCCUGUGCCAGGGCCAGAAAGGGCAGCUCGCUUCCAGAACAAAUGUGGUUGCACUCCAUCAAGGACCUUAUGCUUUGUCACACACGUUAUCAUUGACAGAAUUACUUGUUUUGAGAAAUACGUAGUGUUGCUGAAACAAGCAGCAAAUUGUGUCUAUGGAUGACCACUUGCUAUGCGUCUUCCCCUCGUGUGCAGUAAGGGAGCUGGCCGUACCCUCUGGAUGGUGUGGCUGGCACUGCAGACCCCACAUGGGAGGGGCCCCUGGCUUGGUUGUCUGAUUUCCUGUGGGCGGGGCCUGCUCACAGCAGGGCGGAGAGGAUCGCAUGACAAGCAGCUGGCAUCAAGGGCUCCUCUUAUCUCCCAAAACACCAGGAGCCAUCUGAACCAAGGUCACGUGUCUCCACGGGAGCCCUUAGCCAGAGCGGUCCACUAGUCUGGCUGGUCACACAGACAAGAAACAAGUAAUUUCUGGAGUUCCACGAUCCCCUUCCACCCUAGUUUAUGUAGCCCCCUUAUUUUUUACAAGUGCAAACUAUUCUACUCAGGCUUCGGGACUUUCUUCCGUGUUCACACUCAGUUAAUUAAGUGUUGCUGGCAGCAUGCUCGCGAACCCCGUGCCACCCGUUGUCCUCGCCUCCUGACGGCUGCCCUCGUCCUCGUCCUUGGUUUUCACUCAGUGCCACGGGCUGCAGGCCAGAUUUUAAAUUGUGUUCCCAACACCUUUGCUGUGUCCUUUAAUUGGAUUGAAAGCACUUUUACCACAUGGAGAAAUAUAUUUUUAAUUUGUGAUGCUUUUCUACAAGGUCCACUAUUUCUGAGUUCAAUGUGUUUCCAACACUUAGGGAGACUCUAAUGAAAGCUGAUGAAUUUUCUUUUCUGUCCAAAUAAGUAAAAGAAAAAAUAAAAGUCUAUUUAGAUGUUGA